AUGGUUACUAUCGAGACUCGUUUAAGUUCAGACAGUCAUUGGCAUCAUUUGGAUAUACAUCGCACGAUUUCUGGUCGUUUUCCUGGAAUUCGCUUAGCCGGUUUUGACCGCGAGAAAAUCGAUUCAAUCAGGGUUGAUGAUGCGGCGUUAGAAUUGGCACGUGUCAUGUGCACAAAGGAAGAGUCCGAGGGCAGCGUGAGCAAAACAACUUUAUUAGAUCUGACAACUGACGACCUUGCCGAGGGAAUGAUUAAUGAGACAGGACGCAGGCCGAUUUGUCUGUCCGAGGAAAUACAUCCGACACCGAAUGUUAACUGGCCAACCAUUGGAGAAUUUACCCCGGAAUUAGGGCUGAAAAGAAUUGAGGAGUAUAUUCAGGGUUGGGAUAUUGAUGAAAACUGGCUGCAUUGCAUCGAUAUUUUGCCCAGUGAGGAGAAACCGUACGAUGUAAACCACAAGUACCGGGUAAGAUGGAGCGUGCCGACUCGAAGAACACCGAUUCCAAGAGCGACCGCUUCCAUCUAUUUCACUAUUCAAGUGUCAAAAAUUAAGCCAAAGGUAAGCCGUGUAUCAGUAUGCUAUUAUGUCUCCUUGAAACAGUGCGAUUUGAUACCCUCAGAUAUCAGGGAAUUCUACUGA